UUUUAUUUCGUAAAAGAUAGGUUAACAAAUAUUUAAAAAAACAAAAAAAAUUAACAUGUUUGCAAAGAAUAAAUGUUCUUACAUUGAUUAAACUCCAAUUUUGGUUUAUUUACAUUUUCAAAAUUAAAUGUUCGAUUUAGGAAAAGUGGUUUAUACCGACAAUGAAGAUAUUACUGCAAUUAUAAUAUAAUUAUCAUCUAACCUUCAGACGUUCCAGAAGUUUGUGUUCAAUAUCUCAAAAUAGAGGAGAAAUUAUGGCAGAUGUUUUAGUCUUAGACUGGCUAGAUGAAUUUGAAUUUCUUACUGAAUGUGAAUUUCAUACGUUUGCUGCAGAGCAAGAGCACAAUCAGGAAAUCAUUCUGUCUAUAUAUGUUAUCUUGGGGGAUACUUCUAAAUCAAAAUAUGGAAAUCUCCCUGAAAGAAUAUGUAAACAAUUUUUUGCUUUCAAUCGUUCAGGAGAAGAACAUUUAAAACAUUUUGUACUUCAAUUUAUACCAUCUCUUAUAUUACUACAUUUAAAUGAUAAAAAAUUAUGUCCAUCUCUGGAGCCUUUGUUAAUAAGUGUUUAUAAUCUAGAUAUUGUUGAUUCAAAAGGUCAACCAAGAGUGAUAUCAUUUAGACUCCCUAGUAUAGCACAAUCUUCAAUUUAUCAUGAUUCUUCAAAUCUUGAAUCUGCAUUUCUUGCUGAAAAUGCAUUAAGACGCUGGGAAGAAUGCAAUACUAAAUUAGUAAAUUGGGGUCCUUUGCCUCAAGUUGAAAGCUUCAAUGCACAAAAUAGGCAAAGAGUACUUGCUGCUUUAACAUUUUUAUACAAUCAAUAUGUUGCUAACAUAAAUAUACAAAGUGUUGAACAUGCCUGUAAGGCAAUUUCCCGCAUUGUUAGUCAAGGGUUUAUUUCCAGUGGAAGUUCAAGAACAUCCACUGAAAGUGAUACCCUCCACUCUGCAUUAUUUCCACAUAGGCUAGCAGUAUCCAGUCCACUUCUGAUUGAGUUUCUGCAUGUCACUUAUCAUGCUUUAGAACGAGGUGCCAAUGGAGCUGGACAAACACUCAAUGAUAUUACUCAGCGUGCUACAUAUGAAUGUUAUGCAGAUGUUCUUCUAGUGGCAUAUGCUGUAAGAAAUGCUCUGCAUUUUUCCCCUGCUGUUUCAGUUUCCCUACCACAGCCUCACUCAGUUUCCAAAACCAUGAUAACUAAUGCUUCAUUUAGAACGAAAAAACUGCCAGAUGACAUUCCAAUUCAAACAGAAGAAUCGGAAGCACCGUUAAGUUCGAUAACAGAGGAGCAGGAAGAUACUGAAAAAAACCGAACACGUUCAGGUAGUGCUCUUAAGCAUCUACCGAAGUUACCAGGUCUUAGUAAGAAGCCGAAACAUCAGAAUAAGGGCAGUCCGACGCCUCAGCGACAUAGUGCCGAACCUGAACCAACAACUGAUAACAUUGAAAUGCGUAUUGCAGCAGGUGCAGGUGACCAAGUUAGUCUUGUGUCGGGUGCCUUCUCGGACACGUCUGGAGGGGACGAAACGCCCCAUGCGGUCCACGUAAGCGCAGUAUAAGGAAGUCGUUGGAGAAAGUUGUGUGAUUGAGAAGGUUUACUACAAUCUUAAUCGAAUUAGUUAAUAAGUAGCCAAGAAAUUCGAAAAUGUAUAUCAACAGCACAAAUAAGAAGAGAACGGCUGUUGAUUUACAUAAUGUAAGUACUUAAUAUCGAGUACAUUAUACAUAUUUUGAAAUUUCAUAAGUCUACUAACUGUUGAUUUUGGUUUUAAAAUACAUUUAGGAAUUUCAUUCACUCAAAAAUUUAAUACUCGUAAGUGAUUUUCGAGUUUUUUUACGUGAAAAGAUUAAACUAGCCAAAUAUUUUGUAGUUGAAGCUUAUUUUGAAUAAGAAUGAUUGAAAAAUAUAAACAUUGUAAAAAUUGUUAUUAGGAAUUAAUAAGAAAAAGAUAUUUAACUAAAUACAACUCAAUUUUGUUUCUGA